AUGUAUCGAACAACUAAUUCAUCUUAUGGAAGUGGCGUUGUUACAAGAAAUAAAGAGCAGAUGAGUUAAAAGACUUAGGAUGUAGAUCCAAUGCGGAUUGGGAUUGAAAAUAUCGGCAAUACUUGUUACAUGUAUGCAAGAACAAUAAGCAUCCUAGAAACUCAAUGUUGCAAUGUUUAUUCAACACUCCUGCCAUCAGUACAGCUAUGAAGUAGUACAAAGACAACAAAAACAGCACUGAGUUGUUUAAACAAUUUUAUAAAAUAUGGUUUAGCAUUUAGGCAGGAAUAGAACCUGAACAUAAUGACAUAAUCCAAUUUAAAAAAUUGAUGAAUCAGCACAGAGAGUUUGAUAAUUUCAAUCAAUAGGAUUGUAUUGAAUUCUUCCAUGUUUUCUUGGAUAUUGUAAACACAGGCUUUCUCACAUAACCUUUCUUUGGUUAAUUGACUUAUUAAAUAAAUUGCCAAAAUUGUAAUAACUCUAGCAAAUAAACCGAAUAAUUUAUCAAUUUAUCUAUCUACAUAGAGUAAGCAUGUAGAUUGAGUCAAUUGCUAUCUGACUAUUUCAAACCAGAGCAAUUGAACUCUCAGGAGAAAUGCAAAAAGUGUCAAAAGACGAGUCCAUUGAUAAGGAAGACCAAUUUGAGUGCACCUCCAAUGGUGUUAGUAAUUUAGUUAAAAAGAUAUGAUUCAAGGUAAACCAGAUCUAAUAAUGCUAUUGAAAUAGAAUAAAGUCUUAUACUGAAAGGGUUUUGUGAUUAGAGUCCUUUGUAUAAAUUGUAUGCGGUCAUCAAUCAUCAAGGAUACAGCAUCUACAGUGGCCAUUACACGUGGUAUACAUAUAUAUUCGAGUAUCAUAGUUUGAUCAAGGCAGCCACCUGUUGGUAUUAUUUCAACGAUCAAAGAGUUUCGGAGUACUCAAAUAAGGUGGUGGAUGAUGAACUGUAGAAAUCGCAGAAUUCCUAUGUAUUAUUUUAUCAGAGACAAUGA